AGUUUCACCAGCAAGAAACAAUAUACAACAAUAUCUAUUAAACCUCACAAUAACACAAAAACUCCCAAGAGAUGACGUGUCAAUACUUCAUUUGUCAACAAAAGAAUAUCAUGAAUGGUGAGCACGAAAGCGUGGAACUUUUUUGUGGGGUUUUAAUCUUGAUGAGCCUUUUUAACUCUAGAUCUGACUUUUGAGUAUAAAAUAUAAAUCACCAGUGACAUCUGGUGGCCUGUAACAUAAAAUAUAAAAAGUCAUACUCCCUUCAUACUUCUAUAUAAUUCGAACCUCUCAUUUUUCGUCUUCCUAAAUUCCAAUUCACAAAGUAGAUCACUACCAAUGGAGAAUCAUCAGUUUCCUAAGAUCGAUACUUUCCUCCAGAAAGAAACAAUGAGUUCUACUUCUUAUUUUCAAGAAUAUGCCAAACAUACACAGUUUUUUGGCAAUUCCAUCAUCUGGAAUGGCGUUUCAAGAUCAUCAUCAUCAUCAUCAUCAUCAUCACCAUCAUCAUCAUCAUCACCAUCAUCAUCCUCAUCAUCAUCAUCACCAUCGUUUCCGAUAAAUUUUCUUGAAACUUUCUCACAGCUCAACCUACCUUCAUCACAAGCCACUGAACCAUCAUUCACCACCAUUAUGCAACCUCAAAACAUGUCAAGUUAUGGUGACUACUGGUUGAAGGCUACCAAAACUCAGCCGAUGAAGUAUACAGGGAGGCAAAUUCCCGAUACUACCCUCAAAAGAACAUCCUUGUUAGCAUCAGUUUGUUCACCAGGGAAGCUAUUUAGAGGGGUAAGGCAACGUCAUUGGGGAAAAUGGGUGGCAGAAAUCCGAUUACCAAGAAACCGAACACGGGUUUGGCUUGGGACAUUUGAUACAGCUGAAGACGCUGCUUUUGCAUAUGACACAGCUGCUUAUUUAUUAAGAGGUGAUUAUGCGCACUUAAAUUUUCCGAAUUUGAAGAACCAGUUGAAAGCCAAUUCAAUAAAUGGCAACACUGCAGCUCUUCUUGAAGCAAAGUUACAAGCUUUAUCUCAAAAGGGUAUCGCUAAACUAUCACCACCAUUGCAAGAAAACACCUUAUCAGAAACUUCAAGAAACUCGGAGGUAAACAAUGAAAAAAUCAAGAAACAGAUGGAAGAAGAGGUAUCAGAUGUUGUAGAAGGGGUUCAGCUAAGUCGAAUGCCAUCUUUGGAUAUGGAUAUGAUAUGGGAUGCUAUUCUUGUUUCUGAUUCUUGACUACAUAUGCUCAUAGAUUGUACUUUUUUUUUUCGUUUUAUGAUGUUUUUGCUCCUUAAGGCACAAAUCAAGAAUCUACCCAUUGUUGCAUUUUUGGGUUUCUUUUUCGGUUACCCUUUUUCUUUUUUUAAUCUUGAUUCCAAGUUUUGGUUUUGGUAGGCUUUAACUUUCAAGUGUUAAUGGAAACAAUUAUUCUUUAAGGGUUUGAC